AUGGUUCUGUUGGUGGCAUUAGCAGAAGUGCUGUUGGUUCUGGGCUGGGCCAUGGAAUCGAGCUCUCUCUGCUCACCCACUGCUUUUUACAAAAACUGCUGGAUCCGACAGUUUCCAGGUCUUCUGAUCGACCUGCAGGAAUCACAGCGGAGGGGAGCCCAGGUGCUAAAGAUUUAUUCAGAAGUCUCAUCCCAACAGUGCAGCAGAACUUGCUGCCUGCUGAAGAACGUUUCCUGCAAUCUAGCAGUGUUCUACCAUGGAGCUCCUCAGGAGAACAGGAACUGCCUGCACAUGUCUUGCCCAGCCUUGGAAAGCUGCAUACUAAAGGCUAGAAUCAACACCAUUUUGUACAACAUUACAGCAGGGAUUGAUCCAGAUCUUCUUAUUUUUGAGAAGCUGACACCAAAAGAGCCAAAUACUCGCUCCUUACUGAACAAAAAUGAAAAGCAAAGCAGCACAAAGAUACCUGAGCUGGAAAGAUGCCAGCAAAAUAAUGUCACGUCAAGUUAUCUCCUACCCCAAAAUCCAUCUUCUACCACUAGUCAUGGCUUAAUAGACCCAUUCAGCACAAGCCUAGUGGUCCAAAAAACUGAAGUUACCACUUUGCCCAGGCAAGAAACUUUUCUACUGGAUGAUCCUUUUGCUAAGAUGACAAGCACAACUUCAGUAAGCACUAGGUCUCUCACCAGCUCAGACCAAAGGACUGUACCUUCGACUUUGAUAACUAGAUCUCCCGAGACGUUAUCACACGUACCCACUUCUCCUCGUCUGAACAGCAGUAAGCAGCACUUCAAUGAUACCAAAGGCUACAGCGGUAGGAACUACACCUCGGAAAAUGAGGCACCUGCUUGGGAGGCUGUAGCUUUGGGUGUCUGGUUGAUUGCUGUUGUUCUUUGCUCUUCUCUCAUCUUCCUUUGCUGUUGCACUGUUGUUCUUGCAUCAGGGUGUUGCAGAAAGAGGCGAGGUCAGUAUAAGCCCAUAUGGAAAGGAAGAACAGUCUCUAGACAGUUCAUAAAAUAUCCUGCUGUCAAAAGUAGUUUGUAA